AUGAUUCGCAAACAACUUGAAUGGUGCGGAAAUUUGGAUCAGUUAUGGGAAAAUGAGAAAUACAAGUUGGUACUUGGAAAUAAGAACUCAUUGAAUGAAAUUCGAAAAGUCACAAUUAAAUUUCUCAAAUAUUCACGACCAUUUUUCGUUGGAACUGGAAUGUUUUCGAGCAUUGGAGCACUAUUUCUGGGACUCAUAUUACCGGAAAGCAUUUAUCCGAAAUUCAGUUUGCCCAUUCCGUUUGUUUUGCCCUUCAAAGAUCAGGAAAAUUGGAUUGUGUUUGGUGCAACUGCUGCAAUUCAAGUUGUCAUAACGAUUGUUUUUGUGUUUUUCAUCUGUUUUCUGCUUGAAAUCAAUAUUUCCAUCAUUUUGCAUUUUUUGGGAAUGUUGGAUAUUGUUCGAGAAAUCAUUGAGAAACUUGGCAAUGAGAUUUUGGAUACGAGAAUCAAAGGUAAACGUGGUCUAAUGCCAUUUGUGGAAUGGAUGAAGAUCAUAACUGAUCUCGUGUCGGAUAUCAAUUCAGUUGUUACAUUUAUUAGUAAUUCGCUAACGACAUUUUUUGUGGUAUUGGAAGCUGGAGUUGUUGGUGUCUUGCUGUUGGGAGGAUUGAUUUUCAUGGUUGUCAAGGAACAUCAACCUUUUGCUAUGUUUUGUUGGGCAGCAACUUUUUUCCUCUUUCUUUGGUGUCUGAUCAAUGAGAAGCUUUUGGAUAAAUACGAGAAAAUUUCCAAGGCAUUUUACGAUAUUCCAUGGUAUUAUCUGGAAGUGAAUGAACAGAAGAUGUUGUUGAUCGCUUUGAACUGCAACAAUAUUCAACCGGGAUUUACAGCUGCUGGCAUGCACAAGUUGACGUUGGAUCGUUUUACGACCGUCAUGAAAAUUGCUUAUCGUUGCCUUCUUAUUUUGAAGGACAUGGUUCAGGAGAUUUAA